GCAGCCCAGCUGCCUGCGGAGGCUUAGAUCCCGCUCUUUCUUCACCACUGUUUGAUGGCUGGGGAAAAGCCAGCUCCAAAUUCAAAAGCUACUUUCUAGACCGAGGACAAAGUUACACCCGACUGCCCUGAUUCACCCUCUCAGAGAAAACCAGGACGAGCCAUCUUUGGGGCCGGGCAGGCUGAGCCCUCUCACAGCCCAAGCAAGAUCACCGCUGGCUGCGAGUGCUGCAGGCGACCGAGCGGCACCUUCCCCAAAAAUGAUGGAAAACCAAGUGUUUAUGUCAUUUACGUUCUACAGCACAAUCUUGAUUUUAAAAAUGUACGUUGUUGCCAUCAUUACGGGACAAGUGAGACUCAGAAAGAAGGCGUUUGCAAACCCCGAGGAUGCGCUGCGCAAUGGGGGGCUGCAGUACUACCGCGAGGACCCCGACGUGGAGCGGUGCCGCAGGGCCCACCGCAACGAUAUGGAGAACAUCUUUCCCUUCCUCUUCCUCGGAGCCAUUUACUCCCUGCUGGAUCCCAGUCCCGCAGUGGCCAGGAUCCACUUCUUCAUCUUCUGUACGGGACGCAUCGUCCACACCAUCGCUUACCUCCUGCAGCUGAAGGCGCCCACGCGCUCCGUGGCCUACGGCGUGGCACAGCUGCCCUGCUUCUCCAUGGCUCUGCAGAUCCUCCUUGCCGCCACCCCGUAUUGGUAACGCCUGGCAAGACCGAGCAGCCAAACCCCCUCAUCCUGAUCUCUGCUGUUUCCCUGGCUGGACCAGGUGGUGCGUGUGCAAGUGUGAGUGUGUGCGUGUGGGCAAGUGGUAUGUUGCCAGGGAGGCCACCUGUGCCCCAAGGAUGCUCAGUGCAGCCUUGAGAAAGUCCUUGUGCUAUUGAAAUAGGGCAGGGAAGACAUCAGAGAGAAGGGGCACGUCUCCCUGUGGAGUGGGAAGGGGGCGUGGAGGCAGGUUUCUCUUGCUCCUGCUAAGGGUGGGACAGGGAAAGCACCCAGACUAACCACCAAGGAGGGGGUUUGUUGAAGGAAAGAUGGUUUUCUGGCCCAACCGCAUUUGGAAUUGGGAAGGGGAAGAUGUGCCCUUUCCCCUUGCUCAUGAAUACCUUGUGAAUCAGGAAGGGAAAAUCAUGAGGGUCCCAUGAGGUCUCUUGGUCAGCAGAUGUAGGUGAUAGCAGAAGAUAAAGCAGCCGCCCUCCUCCUGCCCAGCCGUGUGGGUCUGUGGGGAAGGGGUUCCCUUAGGUUCCCUCUCCCCUAAGGAGGACAGGAGGCAGGUGCCUGCCAGGCAGCGUAACGUGGAAGUCAAAAUCUCAGGGGUGACGUGAAGCCACUGAAGCGUUCAGCUUGUCUCACGCCACGGGACACAGGUCCCUGCCAAGGAGCGUCACUGCAGGCAGGAGCCUGCCUGUCCCAGCAAGGACACCCCAUGGCUGGCGUUUGGCAGCUCCCAGCCAGCAGCAGCCGUGGCUUUUCCAUCUCCAUCUCACCGUGGCAAGACACAGAGGGAGGUGCCCGGAGAAGCUGACAGGAAUCGCUUACCCUGUAGAGAGCCGGACAGAAAGCUCUGGGACUUCUGGAAAGACUGAGAUGCUCACACAAAACAGGGGGCUCGCAGUGUGCAGACAGAGCUUUCUCCCAAGCGUGGUAUCUGCGUUCACAUGCUGCUGAUGCCUGAAAACAUGGCAUCAUGAUGCCCAGGGCCACAGACUGAAUUUCUCCCCCUCUGUUUGUGGCCUUUCUCUGGCCAAAGAACGGCCGUUGCUAUUCGGGGAAUGUGCCGUGACCGCUUUGGGGGUGUUUUCUUUCAGCUGUUUCCUGCUGUCCACUGCUGCCGAGCCAGGCGCAGGCUGGAUUAGUUGGUGUUUGCAGAAAGCUCUGGAAAUGAGCAGACUGGCUUUGAGGCACCCUGUGGCAGAAUACCCCUGCUCUGCGGUGUCGCCUGAAGGGUGUCAUGUUGGAGAGGAGAGACUGGGGCCAGCAUACCACAGGGUGACAAACCUUCCCCGAGCUCCUCUGCCAUGCCGCUGCGUCCAAGUGCCAAGGGCUGCUCGCGGCAAUGGCAUCACGCAGUGGAGCACCCCACUGGUGGAGAGGAGAAAGCCUCUUCUCAGUGCCUCCUCCCUCCUCUGAGGGCAACGCAGAGUUUUACUCAGAUCACAGCAGGAAACCAGAAUGAACAGAAAAUAAAUUCCCCUUCCACCUGUCCUAAGCACUAAAGCUCUUCCCUUAACCCCUCUGUCCUCAGAGAUGCUCUUACAGAGACCUCCCUGAGCGCCUGCCUGCACAAAGCACAGGGUCAAACACCAGACUGAUGCUCUGAGCUCUUGCCCAGCUUGGGCAGCAGCUUCUGUGCCAGUAAGUCCUGCCCCAGCGCAGACGUGGCCUUAGGCCAAGCUGUUUGGUGAGGUUUGGCACAGAGCACUCUGCUCUCCGCGGGGGACACAGGGCCCUCCACAUGUGGAAGGUGGGCAGGACUGCAGGUUCAGCAGUUUGCUCUUGGCCACUUCUCAUUUACACAGCCUCAACAGAUGUCUGGGUAAUACAUACCCCUCUUAACAAGCCUUUUCUGCCUCACAUGGUGCACAAGGUCUCGAACCCCUAUACAUUUCUCUGCUGCUGCACAUGCAUCCUGGUGGCAGGAAGCAAAUAUUCCCAAUAAAAACAAAUCAUUGUGCGCUGAUACAUCCUUCCUUCGGGAGCAGCAGAUGCAGCUGGGUAGCAGCUGGGUCCAGCCCAGCAGGAUGGCUCCCCAGCUGCAAAGCGCUUUGCUAAACCCCGCUGCAGAACCCAGAGUGCCCCGGGACUCCUAAAGAGACAUCCCUUUGCUCUGGACUCACCUGCCCUGCAGAAGAAGCGCUUUUCCAGGUGUGCAUUAUUUGUGCUGAUCCUUUACAGUCAGCAGAGCUGGGGCUUGCAAAGCAGCCUUACUCAGUUUUCUUGGAGUAGCAGGUUGCUAGGUGUUCACCCAAACCUCUAUUCCAUCUUCCCCCAAAGCAAGCUACUUGUCUGAGGGGCUUUGUCGCAGCAAACUCACUUCACACCCUGCCUGUGCUCAGCUGGGUGCUUCUUGCCUGCAGAGCCAUGCUGGCGCUUAAAUCCUGGAGGGCUGGAGAAGUUCAGAUAAGAUGUGAUUUUUCUCAUUUCUGUGAUAAUGAUGCAGAGGAGCUGCCUGUAUUUUUCAAGCUCAGCAGCCCCCUCUUUUUGCUAGGAGCUUGCUGGGAAGCAAACACCCCAAUUCCCUGGAUUUCCCCUAUUUUCUUAAACUGUUGGUGUUUGAGAGGUGCUGCCCCACCAGUGUCUGCAUUAGCUGUUUGAAAUAGACAAAAUGGCUCCACUUGGUAAGUUUUUUUCCUUCAUGCUUUUUGCUUUCAAAUAAGAAAGGCAACAGCUUUGUAAAAUGGAUUCUCUCCAAUACAUGUUGCUGUGGUUAGAGAUGUAGCUGGGACUGAGAUUUUUGGCAUGGAAAGGAAGAAAUGGGGCUGCAGGACCCCCCCAACCCCCAGAGCUGCCAGCUCCUUCAGCCUCUUCUAAACUGCCUGUUUGGUGCCUGGGGCAGAUGCCCUGCUCAGGGAAGCCAAGGUUACAUGCAGAGCUCUGCUUUCUUCUUUUUUAUUAAAAAAAAAUAAACCCUGCUGUACUAGCUGCAGGGAAAAGCUUGGGAACGUGAACUCUCCUGGCUCCAAAAAAACAAACAGAAAAAGCCCACAAGGCAAACUUCAGAGAGGCCCAACCAUUGUGCUUAUUUUGAAAUGCUGGGGAGGUUUGUGGGAGGCAGGACAGAGCCUGGCUCUUGGCUGCCGGGUCAGCCCAAGCCCCACCAGGGCUCUCCCAGCACCGAGGCGGCCGGAGCCCCUGGCUCUCCCCUGGGCACAGCCCGUGGUGUUUGCUGUGUGCAGGGCAAGUGAUGAGCUAAAGCAUCUCCUGAUUUCUCCUAAAUAAUAUCCUGAAGCCCAGAGCUCCCAAAUUCCUGCCCCAGCAUCAGGUUUGGGGAAGGAUGGGCCAUGGUUCUCCCGCAGAUCCAGGAGAGUGGGGACAGUGGUUGCAUCUACCAGGCUCUGGGGUUUGGUGUGUGUGUUGUAUGUGCCAAAAAUUUGGGUUUCACACCUGGCUCAAACCUGAAAUGGCAACACUGAGAAACCCACCUGGGACUGCAGAACAACAGAGUUUGGUAGUUAAUAUUUAAAUAUGAUUCACACUGCCAGUAUAUGUCUUCUUUCUGCCCUGCUUAGCCCAAGGUGUCUGGAAGUGGGGGAAAAGCAAGCAGAGACCCAGCACAAGCCACUUCCCCUCCCUCUGCACCCAGGCAGUUCAGGUCCAGGAUCCCUCCUACCCCUGAGCUUCGGGCUUACCCCUUCCUUACCCGCCUGCUCCACUCCCCGGGUCUCUCCCGUUCAUCCAGGCCUUCCCCCCGCUGGGGUCUGGGUCCAAGAUCCCACCCUGAGCAUCUCUCCUGUGACAAAGGUCACUCUGCCUUCUCUGCCCUCCCAAAAUCUUCUCUAGCAGAUGUGGGGCUCUUCCAUCUCAUCUGUGGGGUUUUGCCACGCAAAUCCCCUUAUUUCUCCUGAGGAACUGGGAUUCCCGUGACUUGUAGGGAGAGCUGGGAGAGGUAGCUCUACAGCUGUGGACAUCCCAGAGGUUAUUCCCCUGGAAAAGACAACGGUGUUCCCUGCUCCUCUCUGGCAUACACGAGGGUGAAGCUGGCACAAGGAAAAAUUUAUCCACCGUUUUUUUCCCACCCGGCUCUGGAGCUGAUGUCCCCUGUUGGCGACGUGGGUGACAGCCCCAGGCAGGGAAGAGGGAGGAGGUGUGUGGAGGGUCCCUGUGUGGGGAGAGGUGUGAGGCAGAGCAGCACUAUGGGGGGGGUGUGUGUCUCUGCUCUGCACCCCCAGACCCUGCUGGGCUACCGCGGGCUGCGCUGCGCUCCCCUGCGCGGGGCUGCAGCACCCUCGUGUGGCUGCGAGCACCCGCUGCGGGGGGACCCUGCUCCCC